AGAGCCUGAUGAAUUCCACCACAUAUUAUCAGACGUCGGUGGGGCACAAAUGGAAGCAAUGCCAUGAGACACUGAUAGUGAGUCAAGGCUAAAGUGAUAUAAUGUAGUGGGGGAAGGGAAGAAGGAAAGAGGGAGAAGAAAAAAGGAGGCAGACUCAAUGAGGGAGGUAGGGGAAAUAAAGCUGACAGAACAAUAAGGCAGAGCUUCACAGGAGAGAGAAAGAGGACAGUUUGAGAUAGAGAGUUGCUGGAAAGAGGCAGGUACAGUCACAUCCUGCUGGCAUGCAAAAAGAUAAAGGAGUGAGAGGUGGUAUUGUCAGUCAGCCAGAGAAGGAGGAGGGGUCAACGGACGAGAGAGUCUGGGAGGGAGGUGCAGAAGGAAAAGGAGUGGCCUUCUGCUGAUAGUCGCCCUCUCUACCGGAGUAAAAGUCUUCUCUCAGUAGCAGCUUACAGGAGGGAAAACACACCAGACGUUUUGAGAUACAGAGCAGGGAAGACGAACGAGGAAAAGACAGAGCUGUCUCCAAACCACAUCUCUCAAAUUUCUCCCAGGCUGUAUGUGGGGUUUAUACAGUCAUGGCAUCAGCAGCUCCACCAAAAAGGAUGGUGUCUUCUGUCUUCAUCACUCUGGCUGCUCCUCAUCGAGCCACUGUAACACAGCAGCAGCCCGUCCUCCAAGCUCACAGUGGUGCAGUUAGAGACAAGCCACACACUGCUGUACGAGUUAGCCCAAGUGACAACGUUCCUGCCGUCAGGCACAAGAAAGAGGACGACCAGCAGUCUGAGUCUCAUGGCCGCAAAGGCCGGACUUUUACGGAGGCCAUGGGCCGAACUUCAGACCCUCAGAGCCCAAAACCUCCCCAACCCGGACCCAUCAGAGGAAAGCUGCAAGGAGACGACAGAGGUGCUGCAGAUCUCUUCCAUGCGCCUCCUCCUCUUCCAUCUCAGGGAACAUCUCUCUCUGAAGAAUCAGCACUUCCACCACCUCUCUCCCACCCUCUGACCCCAGGCCAGCAGCAAGUUUACAACAGAGAGGGGGAAACAAGCACACCAUCUAGUGGGUUAAACCAAGAUGAACAAUCCCAUGGGAUCCAUAAAAAUGGCCAAGACACGAGCAGGGAGAGUAGAGAGGUCUGUGGCUUCUGUCGGAAACCCGUGGCUCUUUCUGAACCUGCAAUAGAGGCCUUAAACAGGACGUACCAUGACGGUUGCUUCCAGUGUAGAUCUUGUCACAUUCCCUUGGCUGGUAAACAGUACUACAACAAGGCAGGCAUCCCGCUCUGUGAAGACUGCUACCAGGCCAGCCUGGAACUUUGCUGGGCAUGUGGGGAAGUUAUCGCAGAUCAUGUGAUCCGUGCACUGGAGCGAGCAUACCACCUUUCUUGUUUUACCUGUGCAACAUGUAAACAGCAAAUUGGGGAGAAAGCUUUUGCUCAGGGAGAAGUUGGAGAAGUGUAUUGCCUCCAGGACUAUUACAGGAAGUAUGCUCCAAAGUGUUACGCCUGCAACAAGCUAAUCAUUCCAAAAGAAGAUGGUACUGACAGCUAUAAUGUUGAAUGUCUGGGACACUCGUACCACGAGAACUGCUACAGAUGUGAGGUUUGUGUCAUCCAGCUCUCUCCUGAACCAAAUGAGCAUGGCUGCUAUCCUUUAGAUGGGAAGCUGCUUUGCAAAUCUUGCCAUCUGAACCUGAUUUCUGGCCAGCACUAACACUGGCCUUUUACAGCCCGAGAUAAACUGCAACUGAUGGAAGAGUGCCACGAGUCUAUAGGUUCAAAGAGAUGAGAGACUUUACAUCGGCAAUGUGCAUGACUCUGAAAUAACAAUGUCACACAUCUUUUUCCACUAGAACAAAACAUAUUUUUAACAAUAUAUCAUGCAUCCUGAAGAUUCUCCUUUUGUUCUUUUCUACUUGAUAAUUUUGCACUCAAUAAACUACCAAAUACACCAAUUAUAUUUAUGCAACAGCCAUUGCAAAAACUUUUGGCAAGCAUUAUUUGAAUUAUUUUGAAUCUCAAUCAGUAAACUGUUUCUCAAUCACAUUAACCCUUUAUAUAAAAAAUAAACUU